CAUUUAGUGCAUAGAAUAAAAAUUACUGGUUUAGUGAUUAGAUAAGUCGGCUAGAUCAUAUGAUAAAUUAAUCAUAUUAUUAUAUUAAAUACUAAUGUAUAGUUUAAUUAAGUACUAGUACUCUUUAGUAUGUAUAAUGUUAUGAUCUAAGAAUUUAAUGUUUACUAAACCUUGCGAAUAAUCUUUAAUUAGUCAUGCUCGGAUAGUAUUGAAUUAUAGACUCUAUAAUUCUGGUGUUAAUGGACCAAGACUACUACACCACUUGUAAAAUUACCAAAAUAUCAAAAAGUUUAACCAAUUAAUACAUCAAAAACUACCCAACUUUGAAAUCAACUAAUGUGAACAUUUUCCUAUCUUCACUAGUACAUUGCACAAAGAACAUAACGGAUUAUGUAUUAUUAUUGUACUAUUAUUUGAAUGUUAAUGUACCUCUUAUUGUUUUAUUAUUUAAAAGGCACAAUAAUGCAAGUCCAAAUGUCAAAAUCAAAUCAGAAAUGUAAAUAUUAAAGUACUGAUAAUCGGAUAGGUCUACCUAGUUUAUUGGCAACAGCAUUCAAAUUUUAAUCAUGUACUUUUUGAAUAAUUUCAAUAACACAUUGCGGGUGUUUUUCCAUGCCCAUGCAGCACUAGACAUUAACAUUAAAUUGCCAACAACCAAACAACGCACAAGCAGUGACAUCCGUUUCUAUUUGGGUAAAGUAAGUGUGUUCGUUAACUUGUUUGAUCCAAAACUUAAUUUUUCUCUAUUUUUCAAAUUAGGUAAUAUAUUGUUAGAACCUGUUAAUAUUUUUUUUCUUUAGGAUUUCCAAAAUCUUGUCGAAAAGCUAAUGGAGAACCUAAAAGUAAUUGAACGUUGUUUGUGCUCCUCAGACUCUAUGUUAAUUUGGUUAAAAAAAGAAAUAUGGACAUUUACAGUCAUCAAAGAGAUAUUAGAUUCUGGCUAUAAAUAUGGUAGCAGCGAGGAACACAAUAAUAUUGUAAUGAUCUUUCUGCAUGAUUUAAAAGCUACGGUAUAUUUUUAAAUUUUAACUAUUAAUAAUUACAGGUCAUAUCAGUAAACACAGAUACAUGUAAUAAUUUGAUUACACACUUGCGCAUUGAAUUGUUAAAAGAUGCAGUUCAAAAUUUGGCUAAACUUAAUGGUUGUGUUGUAGGAAGUGAUGGAAUCUCUCUAUUGGUAUCGUCAAAAAGUAAUCUGAACACCUCUAAUCUUUUAUUAUUGUGUGGCAAUGUUGCAUGCAAUAUGACAGCCAAGGAAUAUAAACAGUAAAUAUUAAGCAAUUUUAAUAAUAAUUUAUUUUAGAUUACAAUAUUGAAUUGCAAUUUUAGACAAAAAAAAGAUGCUAUUAGUAAAAUGUCUGCCAAUCGUAUUGGAUCAAAUGAUUAUCCAACUGAUAUUAUAUCAAAAUUAUGCCAUACAUCAAUUGUUUAUGAGUUAUUGAGUGUACGCCAUAAUAAAGUUGUUAAUAUAGAAUUUAAUAAAUCAAAUAAAGAUAGUGAGUUAAAAUAAUAAAUAGGUAUAUGUGUAGCAUAUUAAAACAAUAUAAUAAUAUUAUUAGUUAUUAAUUUAAUAUAACCAUUUUUAUUUUCAGAUGGUAUUUUUAUUAUGUAUAAUUACUCAAGAUUGUAUCAGGUAUGGACAGCAUACGAAAAAGGUGUAAUUGAAAAUCGCUAUGCAUCUUUGCCAAACUUUGACUCCAUUAAUUUUGGACUGUUGAAUAGUGAAGUGAGUACGGUAGUUUUAAAAAGUAUAAUUAAUGAUUGCAUAUGAUUAUUUAGGAAGAAUGGAUUUUGAUUCUUAACCAUUUAUCAGCUUAUCCAUCAGUUAUUCAAGAAUCUGUUAAAUAUUUAUUGUCAGGCAGUGUUGAUGUUCAUAGACUGUGCAAGUUUUUGUUGGACAUGUCAUCUGCUGUUAGUUUAUUUUAUCAUAGGAAACAUAUUUUAACAGUAAGUAGUAUUAUUUUGCUUUAAAAUGUUGAAAUGUUUAAACAAAUAUAAUUUAUAAUAUAUUAUACAAAUCUUUAUUUAUCUUGCCACUAAAUGAACAUACAUUUUUAAAUAUAUUAAAACAUGAAACAUUACAAGUGAUCGUAUAGUACACUCUUAGUUAUUAACAUUAAUUUUUUAUGACAAAAUAAAAGAUUUAAAAAAUAGUAAUAUUAUAUAAGUAUAAUAUAUUUAGUAUUUGUUUGUAUUUAGCAUGUUAUAUUAAAUGAAUGAAACCGUCAAUAAAUUAAAAAUAUUUUAUAUUUAUCAUGAAGGAUUGAGAAAAUAUUAAAUAAAAUAUAAUUUAGAGCUGUAGUUUUCAAUAAUUAGUGUGUCAUCAAAAACAUUCCAGUAUUUUAAUUUAAUGUUUUAAUUUCUAUUAUGUUUUAUUUUCUACACAAGUUAUCAAAGAAUCCUUAAUAAUAAGUAAUAAUCUUUUAUAGUAUGAAACUAUUUUAAUUGAAAUGUUUGAUUAAGUAGGAUCAUAAAUUAUUUUAUUUAUAUACAAAACAAUAUUUAUUUUCUGUUUCCAUCUACUAUUUUUCUAAUAGUUCUUUUUGAAAAAUAAUUUGCUCCUAUGUCUACUGUAAAAAAAGAACUUUUUAAAUGUUUUUUCUUAAUUUUAUAUUCAGAAGCGUAGCAAGGGGUCUAUUGGUUUUACUGUAGUGUGUGCUUAUUUAAAACUUAAUUUUUUUUCUGUCUGUAAACAAAUUUUUGAACACAAAUCUUGUUCUGUUGUUUCAAGUGUAGCGCCUUUUCUGAAAAGAAAUUUUACCUAGUUGGUACAUUCGAGAGGUUAUUUUCAGAUUUUUCAAGGGGUUCUCAAAAAAUAAUUGGGCAAAAUUAUAGGUAAAAUAGUAAAUAUUUAUGUUAAGCUGCUGCAUUAUUGAUCUCAUUGUUUUUAAUUUUUACAAAAUAUUUUUUAGAAAUCUUGCUUUAGUUAAAAUAGUCUAGAGACCUUUUUUGUUACAUUUAGAAUCUAGAUGCUCUUUUAGAAUGUCGUUUUUCAAUUUUUCUAAGUAGUUUUUAUUAAAAAAAAACCCAAAGAUGAAAUAUGAAAAUUGUUAAAUUUACAGCAUUUUGAUUAAUUUAUUUUAUAUUUCUACGCUUUAUGUUUUCUACCAAAAAUAUUGCUCCAAUAGAAAAACAUCAAAGUACCUUUAUCGUUACAUUGUUUUAUCUAAUUAGUGUGAAAGAAUGUCGGUUUUUGAUUCUCCCUAUAGUAAAUAUUUUUUCGAGACUUAAAAUUUUGAUAGAAAAUGUAUGUUUUUUUUUUUUUUAGAAAAUAUUUCAUCCGAUUUACAAUUUGUGUUAUAACAUGUAAGUUUUCAUUUGAAAAACUAAGGUUAAUAUAGCUAUAGGAUACUAUUUAAAUAUUCAUUAAAAUAUAAGUAUGUGGUAACAAUUUAAAAUUAUUUGAGUCAUUUUUGAGCUAUUUAUGGACAUUUUAAUUUUGCAAUUUUUUUACGUAAUUUUUAUUUGGUAGAUUAAAAGUGUUAGACUAAACAGGAAUGGUUUAAAAUUUAACAGGAGGUUCAUUUUAAGUCGAAAUUUAUGGAAAAAAAAGUAAAAAAUUGAGUGUAAUGUAGUAAUUUUUUUUAUAAGAGUUUUAAUAUAAAAUUUUGAUGAAAAUCAUAAAUAUUAUGGCCUUAUAUAAAAAUAACUACAAGGAAAAUCAAAAAAUUACUUUCUUAUUCACUAAACAAAUUAAAAAUGUAACAAAAAAAGUUUUUUGUUGUUUUUCUAUUGAAGCAAUAUAUCUGUGUGGAAACUUAAUUAGCAAAAAUUAAAAAUAUUGAAAUCGUUAAUGUUGUGGCUCACCUAAAACCAAAUAUUUUACAUAUUAUUUUGUUUCUAGAUUUUUUCAAUUAUUUUGAAAACCCCAUAGAAAUCUAAAAACUGAUAUCAGAGGAAGAUUUCUUUUUGAAAAGUUGUUUACAGACAAAAAAAAACAUAGUAAAACUCAAAUUUAAACCUUAAAAGUCUUGAAAAACAAGUGAUUUCAUUUGUCUUAUCUUUGCAUAUACAUGUAUAGGGUGAUUUUCUAAAUAUGUUCAUCCCAUUUUUAUUGUUAAAUUUCACAUGUAUUAAAAUUCUAACUUUUGAGAUUAAUUUUAAGUCUCAAUAAAGCUGAUUUUUAGAUUUUUCACAGCAUUCAUUCAUAAGGAGUAUCUUGUGGAAAUAUCAACUUUGGUUUUUCAAAUGAGAAACUAUGUAAACAAAUUUUAUAAAUAGACUGAGUUUUAGUAUAGAUUAUUAGUUAAAAUAAAUUUUGGUGUUGACAAUUUUUAUUUCUGUCAACCCAUUGAUAAGAUAUUUCAUUUUAAAAUUUGGACAGGGGAAAUUUGUGAAACAUUAUGAAAAAGUUGCUCUUUGUGCUGUCACAACAAUGAUGCUUUUUAGAUUGUUAACCUUUGUAUUUCAGAGUAGAAUAAUUCAGAAUAUUUUUAUUCAAAUUUCGAUUAUAAUACUUAUUAUAUACGCUAUAAUUUUCAGAAAAAUCAUCCGAUUUACAAUUUGUGUUAUAACAUGUAAGUUUUCAUUUGAAAAACUAAGGUUAAUAUAGCUAUAGGAUACUAUUUAAAUAUUCAUUAAAAUAUAAGUAUUCGAAAAUAUCGAUUUUAUUUACACUUAAAAUUUCAAGUAUCAGAAUUUGAAUAUAUGGAAAAUUAACGAUAAAAAAUCGGAUAAGCAUGUUAAUGAUUUACCCUAUAUAUAUACAUACAUGUCAAUAAAAUAUUACUUUAUCAAUAGUGUGUACAAUAUUAUGCAUUGUCAAUAAAUAAACAAUAUUAUUGUUAUUCAUUUUUAAACAAACUCUGUUUACAAGCAAUAAUUAGUACUAUAAUUUAUAUGCUAUAAAAGUGAUUGUACUAUUAGGUUUUUCUUAAAUGGUAAAAUCAAUAUUAUUAUAUUUUAUUUAUACUAUUCAUAGUUUACAUAAUUAUUUUUAAGUUUAUGUUUUAUUUUUAAACUAGGUACUUUUUUUUCAAACUAAUAUUUUUGUUUCAACCAAAUCAGUUCAUUACAAUAAUUACAUAAAUUAAAAAUGUUUAUUCUAAAAAUAUUUGUUGUUUUGUUCAUAUAUUCAUAAAUGUCCAAUUAAAUUUAAUGUAAUAAAUUAAAAUAUUUAAUUUUUUAUUAAAACCCUUUUUUACCUAGGAUCCAAUUUCAAAUUUAUUACCACUGAUGUAUGCUCGAUUAUAUUUGGUCAAAACAUCAAUUCAAGUUUAUGAAAAUAUUUUUCAAUUAUUAGGUAUUUGUGCUGUAUAUGAAAUGUGAACAGUACUUUGAUGACGAGAUACCAGAAGGUACCAAUUAUUAUAAAAUAAUAUUAUUUCUGGUUGCGCUAAUUGUGUAAGGAUUUUUUAAGUAGGUACCUUUUUGUUUAUGCUAUUUAUUAAUUAAUAAUACACGAUUGUUGUGUACAAUGUUCUUUAUAUCUAUUAAAGUUUAUGCUGCAUUCAAUAAGAUUUGUGUUAUUUGUUUAU